AUGAGCAACUCCAAGGAUAUCAAAGUUAUCCGCGCCACCAGCAUGCCCGCCUUUCAGACCUUGUUCAUCUACGUAUUGCUCAAUUUCGUCUAUACGGGUUACACUCUCUACAAAUAUGGCUUUGAAAAGUGGCUGCAGAUGGUUGUCAAGGACGGUUGGAAAUAUAUUAUUCUUGCGAUCUUCGAUGUGGAGGGCAACUACUUCACUGUCCUCGCCUACCGCCACACUACGAUCCUCUCGGCUCAACUCGUCAAUUUCUGGGCCAUUGUCGUCGCUGGUCAUUUCCUUCCUCUUCCUCCGCGUACGAUACCACUGGGCUCAAGUCGGCGGAGGACACCCUUUUCGCUGAGACAAGUGUGUCCAUGA